CUUUCUCAUAUCAAUCCUUCUUCCUGUCGAUCCAUAGAGAAAAUGGCGACUCUGUGAAUGUAGCAAAUAUUCGCCGCGAUUUUACCGUAUUUUGUGGACAUUCUGGGACCAAGGUUGUGAAGAGUAGUGAUGAGUUCGACGCGGACUGGUGUGAAAAGGACACGGAGAAGACCCAGGCCCAAAUCGGCCACGGUUUCUGCUCCGGUGGCGGGUCCCUCCUCUUCUAGAACAUCAUCAACCAGCAGUACUGUAGAAGCCAGUCAUCCAUACAGGCUGCGAAGGAAAAGUCGAGUGGGACUUCAGCAGCCCGCCUCCGGUGGCGCCCAGAGCGACCAUGACAGUGACGUUGGCCUUCCCGUCCGCCAGCCAAAGCGAUCACGGCUGUCCAUUCCAGAACAAGACCAUGGCCCCCUAAUCAGCUGGCUGCAGGAGGAGGUGCCUGAUGAGGUCCUGCUGAAGAUCAUGAGUUACCUGAAGGAGAAGGACCUGUGUCGAGCCGCGCAGGUCUGCAAGCGCUGGAACACCCUCACCAACGACCCCACAAUAUGGAAAAAUCUUUACACUGCAGUGUUUGAAUAUACCCAGCCCAUGAUGCACCCGGAGCAUGGAAAAUUCUACUUUGUCAAGCCAGAAGAAUAUAACUGUCCCAACCCUUGGAAGGACAGCUUCCGCCAAUUGUACAAAGGUGUCCAUGUAAAACCUGGUUAUGCAGAACACUAUCACAACAAUGCUGACCGGUACAAGGGCAGAGAACACAUGUUGUAUUAUGACACCAUUGAGGAUGCGAUGGGAGGAGUGAAUGAGUGCCACCAUGAAGGGCUGAUCUUCGUCCACUCUGGGAUCUACCAGGACGAGUGGAUCUACGUGGAAUCUCCCGUCACCAUCAUCGGGGCAGCUCCAGGCAAGGUGGCGGAACAUGUGGUUAUCGAGAACACCAGAGACUCCAGUAUUGUGUUCAUGGAGGGAUGCGAGGAUGCUUUUGUAGGAUUCAUGACAAUCAGAUUUUCCCCAGAGGACUCCUCAGCGACCCACCACCACGCACACCACGCCGUGGAAAUCAACACCAACUGCCGACCGAUCAUCAGUAACUGUAUCAUACGCAGCUCUUCCACAGUUGGGUCGGCAGUGUGUGUGACAGGCAGCGGCGCCCAGCCCACCAUCCGCAACUGUAACAUCAGUGACUGUGAGAACGUGGGACUGUACGUUACGGAUCACGCACAGGGCUUUGUUGAAGACUGUGAGAUCAGCGGAAACGCGCUGGCUGGAAUCUGGGUGAAGAACUACGCCAACCCCAUCAUGAGACGUAACCACAUCCACCACGGACGGGACGUCGGCGUCUUCACGUUCGAGAAGGGGAUGGGUUAUUUCGAGCAGUGUAACAUCCACCACAACAGGAUCGCAGGGUUUGAGGUGAAGGCCGGCGCUAACCCCACCGUGGUGAACUGUGAGAUCCACCACGGACAGACCGGCGGCAUCUACGUCCACGAGAAGGGGCGCGGACAGUUCAUCGACAACAAAAUCCACUCCAACCAGUUCGCUGGGAUCUGGGUAACGUCACAUAGUGAUCCGACCAUUAGGGGCAAUUCCAUCUUCAAUGGCAGACAGGGUGGAGUGUACAUCUUUGGUGAUGGCAGAGGGCUUAUAGAAGAAAACGACAUCUACGGAAACCAGCUAGCAGGUAUCCAGAUCAGAACCAACAGUAAUCCCAUCGUCAGACGAAACCGUAUCCAUGACGGACAGCACGGCGGCAUCUAUGUGCAUGAAAAGGGCCAGGGCAUCAUAGAGGAGAAUGAAGUACACAGCAACACGCUGGCCGGGGUGUGGGUCACCACAGGCAGCACUCCUGUCCUCAGGAAGAACAGGAUCCAUAGUGGGAAGCAGGUUGGUGUGUACUUCUACGAUAAUGGCCAUGGAACUCUAGAGGAGAACGAUAUCUACAACCACAUGUACUCUGGUGUGCAAAUAAGAACAGGCAGCAAUCCUCUCAUCAAGAAGAACAAGAUCUGGGGUGGCCAGAAUGGUGGAAUCCUGGUGUACAACAGCGGCCUAGGCAUUCUGGAAGAGAACGAGAUCUUCGACAACGCCAUGGCGGGGAUCUGGAUCAAGACGGACAGCAACCCCACCCUCCGCCGCAACAAGAUCCAUGACGGACGGGACGGCGGGAUCUGUAUCUUCAAUGGAGGGAGAGGUGUCCUGGAAGAAAACGACAUCUUCCGCAAUGCCCAGGCUGGUAUCCUCAUCAGCACCAACAGCCACCCAACCCUCAGGAAGAACCGAAUCUUCGACGGCUUUGCUGCCGGCGUGGAGAUCACCAACAAUGCCAGCGCCACGCUAGAACACAACCAGAUCUUCAACAACAAGUUUGCAGGGCUGUGUCUUGCCACUGGGGUCAAGCCUGUCAUGAAAGAUAACCACAUAUUCGACAACAAAGAUGCCAUUGCCAAGGCGGUCGCUCGUGGCCAGUGUCUCUACAAGAUCUCUUCCUACACAUCAUAUCCCAUGCAUGACUUCUAUAGGUGCUCCACAUGUAACACGACAGAACGUAACGCCAUCUGUGUGAACUGCAUCCGCAAGUGUCACCGCGGACACCAGGUGGAGUUCAUCAGACACGACAGAUUCUUCUGCGACUGCGGGGCGGGGACCCUCUCGAACUCCUGCACGUUUGCAGGCGAGCCGACCCGCAACACGGACUCCGUGUACAACUCCGCCCAGCCCGAGGAAUCGGACACUGCUUAACUAGCUCCCUCUUGUGGACAAGAGACUAAUAACACCAUUUUAUCCCGAAUGAGGCACCGUUCUCUGGAUGGACCAUGGCUAUAAUGGUUGUCCCUUACCCUGCAGUGUUGUAUACAGGACAACAAGAGAACUUUGUACAGUUUAUGAUGAUUUUUUGUAGAAUCAUCCUGCAAUAUUGUGAUAGUCAUCUGCUCCACGUGGGCUGUCACCCACCAGGUAUCUUGUGGUAGAUCCAUCUUUGAAUUCUCUGAAAUACAUGCCAGUGUUAAAGAUAAGGAAGGACAAAGAUAGUCGGACCCUCCAAGAAGCAGCAACUCAAAGAUGCCUCUGCCGAGAUCUUUCACAUCAGAGGGAGGGAGGAUGGCUAUUCCAUCAACUUCACAUGUUGCCAACUUUUCAAAUGUAUCAGUAAAGUUGUUGCAGGUAAAGAGAAAUUGAAAACAGGCUGGUAUCCAGACUUUCCAUUGCUGUAAACGUCUCCAUCAAAGUUCUGUAAAGGAAAACUUUUUUGCUUUGGCCUCAGACAAACCAUUCCUCCUCGAAGUGGAAUUAUCCUCGUAAUUGGUUCCUUAUUUUGCAUAUUGUAUAAUUUCACUUGUCAUCGGAAUGUUUUGAGAUAUUUUAAUUUGUAUUUUAUGUUUUUCCUUUUUAUGAUUUUUUCUUAUGUUAGCUCAGCCAAAUGGUAGUUUAUUUUGAUGUAAUUGCAUUUGAUGGCGGCAGCCCUGAUUUGUUCUACUUCUUUGCCACCACGUUGCCAAACUACUGAGUUCAUGUUUAGCCUUGUCAUUGUUGCUACGUGCUGAUUUUGUGUCAUGAAUUCUGGACGGCCCAGUACUAGAUUUUCCUCCGCGCUAUUUAAGUCACUGCUGCAAGCAGGCCUAGUAAUCUCUAACGUCAGCUGUCGCGCUCUUUUUAACCCUAAUUUAUCAGCACAUUGCUGGUUUUGUAUAUUAGGCAAUAAGCAUUUGUAUGAAAGCAGAUUUAAUUUAUUAGUGUGGUAGGCUUACGGUGACUCUGCUUUGGACCAAUGGUGCCUGUACCCUCACUACUCUUGCUGUUUUUGUUGUCUAUGGUCAUUCAUAUUAACCAAAGCACGUGACGUCAUUGUACAUUGUAAUUAUGGUGAUAUCCAUAGUAAUUAUUGUAUACCUCACAGUAGGACGUAGUGUCAGCCGUGACUCGCAGGUAGACAUGAAUAUUCAGAGAAAGUUUCUGAAAGAAUGUCUAGGAAUGUUGCACCUCAUGUACCUAAAGCAGUAGCCAUUAAAUAGCCUCAUGUAAUUUCCUAUA